AUGGCAAUAACCUUUAAACUGAGAUCAUCAAUAGCAGACCUAGAAAGGCUUAACAAAGAGAGUACAGGCACAAAUUUGUUCAUACCAUCCACACACCACAGAAAAGAAGAGAAGAUGCUGAAGGGUCAACUUUUUGUGGAUCAAUAUUGUGAAAGGGAGCAAUUCAGCUUUAUUGAUUAUGUAUCCAGUGGAUUUGAACUGAACUUCAUGGUUGCUGUGGAUUUCACUGCUUCAAAUGGAAAUCCUCGAUAUUCAGAUUCUUUGCAUUAUAUUGAUGUCUCGGGUCAGUUAAAUUCAUAUCAAAGGGCUAUAAUGGAGGUUGGGGAGGUUAUUCAGUUCUAUGACUCUGAUAGGAAGUUUCCUGCUUGGGGAUUUGGAGGAAGCACAGCUGGUGCCGUUUCCCACUGUUUUAAUCUGAAUGGUAGUCCAAGAGACUCCGAGGAUAACAAUAAAGAUUAAGCAAUGAAGAUUAAGCUGACUAUUAUUGUGGUUUAUUGGCUAAGAUAGAGUGCUAUUUAGGAUCUUUACAUGUAUGGUUGACUAAUGAUUUUUAUUAGAAGAUACCUUUAUUGGCCAAGUGAUAUUAUGGUUUUGUUAUGGCUAUGCUUACUUUAAUUUGAGUUGUAUGAAUUUUUAUAGUUAAUUUCAUUCUAGUACUUUUGGAUCAAUGUUAUAAAUAUAUUUUGGUUUGAGACAA